UUAAUACAAGCUUUGUAUUAUAAAAAGAUUCAUCAUAUAUGGAGGGUUUCACAUCAAAUUUCCAUAGCUUCAAACCUUCAUUUUCUUUCAUAGACGUUGAUCAAAAUAUGGAACUACUUAACCAAUUCUCAAUCCAGUACGACAAUCCAAGCAUGAGUUCUCAGAACUUCAUGGGGUUUUCAAAUGACAAUUUCUUCUCCCAACAGGUUUUACCACCACCUGAUUAUCAAUUCAUGCAAACCUUUCAACCAGUUUUUCAGCAUGAAAAGAAGAAUGUCAUGGUGAUUCCUGAGCCGGUUCCUUUGGGUCCGGUUGUUAACGGGAAGAGAAAAGCCACUGAUGUAUCAGCAAGCAGUUCUGGGAAUUCGUCACCGAAUCCCGUUUCUGAAAACGAGAUUGAUGAGAAAAAAUAUCAGAGUUCAGGAAAAGGCAAGAAAGCAAAAGUGAGUGAAAAUGGAGAAGUACCAAAAGAAGUGGUACACGUUCGAGCCAGAAGGGGCCAAGCAACCGAUAGUCACAGUAUUGCAGAAAGGGUUAGAAGAGGGAAAAUUAACGAGCGGUUGAGAUGCUUGCAAGACAUUGUUCCCGGGUGCUACAAGUCUAUGGGCAUGGCAGUAAUGUUGGAUGAGAUAAUCAACUAUGUUCAAUCGUUGCAGAAUCAAGUGGAGUUUCUUUCCAUGAAACUCACCGAAGCAAGCCGAUUUCCCGACUUCGACUCAGAUUCAAGGCCUGUUGUUGCAUAUCAGAUGGGAAAUGCAAAUGGUGGAGUGAAGAUGCAAAGAUUGGAGGAGAGAGAAGAGAUUGGUCCGGUUGACCUGAGUUUUGGCUCUUAUCCUUCCUUGCCAUACCAUACCACAUAAACAACAUCCCUCUUCUUUCAUACAUACAUACAAUUAAUUAAUUAAUUAAUAUGUAUUAUUAAUUAAUUAAUAUAUAUUGUUGCAUACAUACAAAAUGUAUAACCAUUACACGAUUAUUGGAAUAAAAUCAAAGCUUCCAUGCUACGCGUUUA